UUUACUCCUCAACAAAUUCAUAUAUGCUAUGGCAAAAUUCCAACUGAUGUCAUCAUCAUGUGGGCAACAGUGGCAAAGGGGCCUAAAAUGUCAGUUCAAUACAGUUUUAAUACUAAGAUAAAUGAUUUUAAUAUAGUUGUAGCAGACCAAGAAGAGCUUAAAAUUAAUAAUGAAAAGGGAGUAAAAUUCUUGUACCGUGCCUAUUUAAAAGGCUUAAAACCAGCCACUGUAUAUUAUUACAAAAUAAUAAGCAAACAAAAUGGGGUUAGUAGUGACCUGUUGCAGUUUAAUGUUCCAUCAACUGGAUUUGACCAUUUUCAGUCCUAUAUGGUGCUAGCGGAUAUGGGACCUUACACUCACAAUCUUCAAAAUAUUGUUCAUGAGGCAAAGAAUAAUGAAUAUACAUCAGUGUUUCAUAUUGGUGAUAUUGCCUAUGAUUUACAUACUGGUAAAGGCAGCACUGGGGAUAAAUUUCUCAAUAACAUACAACUAAUGACUGCUAAACUUCCCUAUUUAGUUUCACCUGGUGAUCAUGAAGCUAAAUAUGACUUUACCCAUUAUCGUUAUCGCUUUUCUAUGCCAACCUUAAGCUGGCCAAUGAAAACUGAAGAGUUGUAUUAUAGUUUUGAUAUUGGACCUACACAUUUCAUUUCUCUCAAUACUGAAAUGUUAUUUCAUGUUUUUAAGAAAGAUGAUCAGUUGGCCUGGUUAGAAAAAGACUUGAUAGCAGUUAAUAAGAGAUCUAAAAGACCAUGGAUAAUAGUUAUGGGCCACAGAGCUCUUUAUAGUUCUUGUGACAAUAGAAAGGAUUGUCUUCUAGAAACGCCUAUUAUAAAAACAUCAUUAGAAGAGUUAUUCUUUAAAUAUGGUGUAGAUAUCUAUUUUGGAGGACAUUAUCAUAAUUACGAACGUUCUUGGCCAGUUUAUAAAGACAAAGUUGUGGCUCAACACUAUAAGAAUCCUAAAGCUCCUGUGUAUAUAACUAUCGGAACUUUAGGUCAGGAAUACCUCCCUGAGCCCAUUAGACGACCUGGUGGCCAAUGGUCAGCCAAAACAGAAAAUAAAGAGUGUUUUGGUGUUUUGGAGAUAUUCAAUUCCACUCAUUUACACUGGAAGGUAUUAGCAGCAGCCAAUAAUGCUAAAAUAGAUCAGAUUUGGGUGAUACAAACA